AUCCUUCUCAAACAGUGCCAUGUGGAGAGAUUAACAUUAACCUCUCCGAAUAUCUCUCUCUAAAAACCUUGUUUGUUCUUCCUACCAACAACUGAUUCAGUAUCAAAAUUUUCCUCCGCAAAGGUUGUUCUUUUUUCUUAACCGUUAAACCCCUUUUGUUUCUUACAACAAAAACUAAACCACAUUCACUAUUUGUAAUCCGUCUUCCCAUUUUUUGUCUUUCACUUUCAUAUUCUCGUAAUCUUAUCAAACUCUCAAAUGGGACAAGAAUCAGAUUCCAAAGCCAAGUUGGUGUUAGAGAUUUGUUCCAUUUCCACUCGUUCUGCAACAUGUGUUCAUACCAUUCUUUCAAACCCAACCAAAACAACUUUCAUUGACUGGUAUUGCAUUCUUGGAGUGGAAGAAAAUGCAGGGGUGAAUUUCAUUCGCAAGAGAUACCGUAAAUUGGCUUUGCAGCUUCACCCAGAUAAGAACAAACAUCCAAAAGCUGAAAUUGCCUUCAAGCUUGUUUCUGAGGCAAAUGCAUGUCUAACUAAUGCAGCAAAGAGAGAAGCUUUUGAUUUUGCAAGGUUCAAGCAUUUCUGCAUUGAAUGCAAGAAAAUUCCAUAUACAACAGACAAUGUUUCUGUCAAUUCCAAUGGUUCAAGUUGGAAGGCAUGGAAUAUUAUGACAAAGUCAAGAUCUUUAAAGUUUUGGAGAAAUAUUAGGGAUAUUAGAGAGAGAUUUAAGGAGGAGGCUAAUGUGAUUGAGAAUUGUUUGAGAGUAAAUUCAAUGUCAAGGACAGAAUCUCCACUCUACAAUCCGGAUAGUUAUCUAGAUAGAAGCAAGUCACAUAGAAGCAAGUCACAGAAUAGAUUUGAUAAAGAUACCCCUAUUUUCAAUCCUUCAGAUUACUCAUACCAAGAUUAUCCUCAUAUGAGAGGCCAUGUUAACAGGAAUUCUUCCACAUUUUGGUAUUUGCAGACAAAUAGUAUGCUGCACAAUGAAAAGAGAGGACCGCAGCUUAGCUCUCCUGUUUUUGAGGUCAAAAGUAGGAGUAUGUUUACAAACCAAUUUGCUUUUGUACCAUCAAGAUAUUAGCUUUUUAACAUUUAAUUGAAGCAGUGUGAUUUUGCAUUAUCUUCUUUAUUGAUUUGUCAUGAUACUUGUAACUGUUUAAA